AUGGGAUGGGACCAUCGUCUUCUUCCAGAGGAUUUUCUUUUACACGGAGAGGAGAAAAAGCCGCGAAGUUCACUAUGCGAACUCCGAGAACUAUCAUCGACUGGGACCUCUUCGCUUCGCUUGUCGGCAUUUGGGAAAAUACCGUCGUGGACAACAACGACAACUAAUAUGAACGGUUUGUUGAACAUCUUCACGACUGUGCAAGGAACGAGGAGUUUCAAAAUCACCAAGAGACGCCUGUCUCCGAAAACUCUAGAUCUGAUUUUCAGCGUGGAGCUGCACGAGCUGCAGGUAACCAAGAACUCACGUCCGAGCUCGCAGAGCUCUGCAGAUAGAGACGGGACAGACUAUUCCCUAUGUCCAUUCGGAACUUCGCCAAUCGUAAAACAACAAUGGCUGCUUUCUGUACCCCAGAUGGAACAACUACAGCAUCAAGAAGGGGAUGGAAAAGGUUCUCCCUUCCGAAGUCAUGUCGCUGAAGAAUCGUGCUUCACCGGUCUCGACAGAAUCAAACCUGAACAUCUGAAGUAUAUAAUGUCAGUCCUCAUCAACACACUGGCGAGGGUCUUCACUGGUUAUCUGUCGGAAUGCAAGGUUCCUAAGCAAUGGAAAACCAGCAAGACCGUGCUGCUGUAUAAGAAAGGAGAUCCACAAGGUAUCGGCAACUAUCGUCCAAUCUGCUUGUCUCUGUCUGUCAUCUACAAGCUCUUCAUAAGAGUAAUCUUAAACAGGAUAGAAAGAACAUUAGAGGAAGGACAGCCACGCGAGCAAGCAGGGUUUCGGAAAGAGUUCACUCCGAUUGACCACAUUCACACGGUUUCGAAACUCAUAGAAAUAUCGCGAGAGUACAAGAUGCUGCUGUAUCUCACUUUCAUCGAUUUGAAGAAAGCCUUUGGUACAGUUGAGACCGACGAGGUCAUGGAGGCCUUGGACAACUAA